AUGAAGAAACCAUAUCCAAUAUACAUGCAUAACCUAGUAGAAUUAGUAUGGAAAGAAGAAAAAAUCCGGGAAGAUUGGAGAACCGCAUUAGUGUGUCCGAUGUAUAAAAAAAACGAUCCACUCGAGUUCAAUAAUUAUAGGGGUAUUGCUCUACUCAACACAAUAUACAAAGUAUUACCGUACUGCAUCCUAGAUAGAAUUAAACCAAUCUCCGAAGGAUUACUGGGAGACAACCAAAGGGGUUUUAGACCAAAUAGAUCCACUACUGAUCAAAUAUUUAUUAUAAGGCAGGUAUUACAAAAAAUGUGGGAGUUUGAUAAGGUCUAUACCUUGUUUGUAGACUUUGAGAAAGCAUACGACUCCAUACAUAGACCAACACUAUUUAAUAUAUUAAAAGAGUUCAAUAUGCCAAGAAAGUUAAUUAACCUGAUUAAAGCGACUAUGGGAAAUUUUGAAUUAAAAAUAAAAAUAGCGAGUUCUACAUCUAAAUCGUUCAAAGUAACAUCUGAUUUAAGGCAAGGGGAUGCAUUAUCUCUAAUCCUUUUUAACUUAGUUUUGGAAAAGGUGGUCAGAGAUAUGAAUAUAUCGGAAGGUAUAACCUUAGGACUGUCAAAGAUAGGCCUGCUAGCAUAUUCCGAUGAUAUUGCCAUCAUAGGAGACAAUAUUGAAAUAGUUAAAAUACAUUGUAAGAAGCUAAUGGAUGCUGCGAGUAAAGUCGGCCUCAGAAUAAAUGAUGGUAAGACGGAAUAUAUGAAACUCAACAGAAGAGACAGGACGUAUCGACACAGAGAAAGUAUGAAUGUAGAUGGACAUAUAUUCCACAGGGUUCCACAAUUUAAAUACUUAGGUGUNAAAUAAAAAUAUAUAUGACAUUAAUACGCCCUGUCAUCCUAUAUGGGUCAGAAACAUGGGCUUCAAGAAAGAUAGAGGAAAUAAGAUUGGACACCUUUGAAAGAAAAGUUGUAAGACGAAUUUAUGGACCUUGUCUCGACACAGGAACCAAAGAAUGGAGAAUUCGAACCAAUAAGUAUAUAACUUGUUCCAAAGACCAAGUAUUUCAAGGGAAAUCGCAAAAAGAAGACUGA